AUGUUUAACCGCGGCAACCUCCCGUUUGGGAGCAGACCUGACGCUGGAGCACCGAGGAGAGAUGGAUACGGUCCGCCCCCCGGUCAGCAGCAGCCGCCCCCCGGUUACGACCCGCGCCAGGGCGGUGGCUACCCUCCAGCGCAGCAAGUUCCUUCUCGAAGGCCAGCCCCCGGCGCGGCUCCUGGAGGCGGCGGGGGUCGCCAGAUGCAGCUGAAGCCCGUGAAGAGCCCUGGCGGCAACGCGUACGCUUUCGGAAACGUUGUCGCUGUUUCGCCCGCCGACUUCCCGCCCUCCCGCGACGGUCACGAUAUUUACAUUAUGGUCAACGGGAAUCAUGUGCUUUCCGCUCGGCCGACUGAGACCUGCAGGCCAGGUGAGAUUGGCCUGACGGACAGGCAACGUACAUGGGCCGGCGUCAGCCUUGGUCCCCACGAUGUUGUCAUGGUUCAGAGCUACGACCACUUCGGCGAAGGCGGUGGCGCCUACUUGGCAUCCGUGGACGUAGAGGUUGGUUUUGCUGGGCGGAAGACUACGGAGGUGCCCUACGACCAGGACGAACUUGGUCAAUUUUUCGCGAGGAACUUUGAGAACCAGAUUUUGGCACCCGGCCAGCAGCUCCUUAUGGACCACAAGAACAUCCCUCUCACCCUUAUUAUCCGUGCGGUCCGCCUCGCAGAUCUGUCAAUGGAGAAGGCGAACACCGAUACGCCACCUGUCGCGGAUCCUCGUGCUCGUGGUAUCUUGACCCGCCAGACUCAGGUCGAUUUCUUCAAGAGCGCACAGUCCGAGCUCAAGCUAAAGGGCUCCUCUCGCAGGCCGGCAGCCAACUCCAUCGUCCAGCCUGGCUUCAAGUUCGAGGACAUGGGAAUUGGCGGUCUGGACGAAGAGUUCAGCGCCAUUUUCCGGAGAGCCUUCGCUUCCCGUAUUUUCCCGCCCGGCCUCGUAGACAAGCUCGGUAUUCAGCACAUUCGUGGUAUUCUGUUGCACGGUCCGCCCGGUACUGGAAAGACGUUGAUUGCGCGUCAGAUCGGCAAAAUGCUCAACGCUAAGGAGCCGAAAAUCAUCAACGGCCCCGAGGUAUUGAACAAGUUUGUUGGUCAGUCGGAAGAGAACAUUCGUAAGCUGUUCGCCGACGCAGAAAAGGAGCAGAAGGAGAAGGGUGAUGAGAGUGAUCUCCACAUCAUCAUCUUUGAUGAAUUGGACGCUGUCUGCAAGCAGAGAGGCAGUGGAGCCGGCGGUGGUACCGGUGUUGGCGACAGCGUUGUCAACCAGCUACUAUCGAAGCUUGACGGUGUUGAACAGCUGAACAACAUCCUUCUUAUCGGUAUGACUAACCGCAUGGACAUGAUUGAUGAGGCCCUUCUGCGUCCCGGACGUCUCGAGCUGCACAUGGAGAUUUCGUUGCCUGAUGAACACGGUCGCCAGCAGAUUCUCAACAUCCACACGUCCAAGAUGCGCAACAACGGCGUCCUGGAAGAUGAUGUCGAUGUUGCUGAACUCGCAAAGCUGACGAAGAACUACUCUGGUGCCGAAAUUACCGGUCUGGUGAAGGCGGCGUCGUCGUUCGCCUUCAGCAGGCACAUCAAGGUGGGAACGAUGGCUUCCAUCUCGGAUGACGUUGUCAACAUGAAGGUCAAGCGCGUGGACUUCCUUGCUGCGCUGGACGAGGUGCGCCCCCUGUUCGGCGUCGCCGAGGAAGAGCUUUCGAAAUGCAUCAGGGGCGGCAUCAUCCACUUCUCGUCGACGAUCAACUCUAUUUUGGACGAGGGCAAUCUCUACAUCAAUCAAGUGCGGAAAGGCGGAUCGCCGCUGCUGUCUGUUGUGCUCCAUGGGCCGCCCGGAAGUGGCAAGACGGCACUGGCGGCGGAAUUGGCCAUGAAGUCGGAAUUCCCCUUCAUCAAACUAAUUAGUCCCGAGGACAUGGUUGGAUACGGCGAGAUGCAGAAGGUGCAGCAGCUGGACAAGACGUUCCGAGAUGCUUACAAGAGCCCGCUGAGCGUGGUGGUCAUCGACAACAUCGAGCUGCUCGUCGAUUGGGUGCCGAUCGGACCGCGUUUCAGCAACACGGUUCUCGUGGCCCUGAAGGUGCUGCUCGGAAAGCAGCCACCAAAGGGCCGGCGGCUGCUCAUUCUCGCCACGACGACCGAGCGGUCGGUACUGCAGCAGCUCGACCUGUUCAGCCGGUUCGACGCGGAGAUCCCGGUGCCGAACGUGAACAGCCAGCGCGAGCUCGGGUUCAUCCUGGAAGAGUCGCGGGCGUUCCCGAGCAGCGACCAGGUAAAGAAUGCGAUCGACGAGAUCCAGGCCACGACAGGCGGGUCAGAGGUCGGGGUCGGAAUCAAGAAGAUCCUGACGGGCAUCGAGACGGCCAAGCAGGACCCGCAGGACAUGGGCGGGCGGUUUGCAGCAGUCAUGUCGCAGGCGAUUGCGGCGCGGUCGUUUGCAUGA